CGAGCCUUUCCAGUUCAGUCUGCAUGUCAGACGACAAUGCUGACAACGUUCUGCAAUAAAAAUUCUCAAAAUCGAUAUUUACAAUAGUGAGGAAGUGAUAUUUUGGGCAGAAAAACCAUGAUGCUAAGUGAACAGGCGGUCAUCCUGACGACCGAAGAUUUGGCUCACACCAUUGAGGAAACGAUUCACUACUGCUACGUGUGCAAUACACCGGUGUCGAACUCUUCCAAUGGGCUGUGCCAGCUGUUCCCGGAUCUGGAUGAAGACGAUGAAGCACUCAGUCCGUCCGUCAUUUUGGCCAAUCUGCUUCAAAUUGACAUCUCCCCUGAACUGUCACAUUCCCAGGCCAUCUGUCUGGGAUGCAAUUUGCUGUGCAAUGAAUACCAACAGCUGAUCGAUCGCCUCGAUGCCAUAAAACUGCAAAUGACGGUCAGCUACAACAGCACGGUCACGAAGCUUGCCGCCAGUUUAACGGCCAAAGAGCUGGUCGAUGCCGAAGCGGAAGCUUUGGAUGACUCGAGUAUCUCACAGGACCUAGUGCUUCAGGAUUCGGAUACCGAUAUUAUUGGCAUUCAAUUCUCCGAACUAACAAACGUGCUCCAACAUUCUGAAUCAACCGUAGAGGGUCACCAGAUGUCCGAAACCGAUGCAAAUGCGGCUGAAUCUAUCCUAAGUAAAAUUCAAUUCAUUCCCAGCAGUUCACUCGAUUCGAUUCUCCUGGAAUCUUCAUCACCGCCUAAAUCGAACUCGCGUUCAAUCAUUAAAGUUAUCCAAAAAGCUCCAACCCAACCGACAGCAACGGUCACAUCUGAGUCGAUUGAUGCCGGCUCCAUGUCCGGAUCGUUGUCAGCCGACAUGGACAUCUGUGACGUUCCAUCGUCCACGAUCAAGAUGGGGCAAAUCUUUGAGGACCAGAGGCGAAUCUUCCCAGCAAAGCUCUUUAAUGAAAAUAAACAAAGAACAAUCUUUGCGGACAGCAGUGACGGAAAUAUGGUGGAAAUCAUCAGCGAUGAUCACUCAGUGUCCGAUUACAUCUACGAAAAUGUGAUCGAAGAAGACGAGGUCAGUGAUGGGGACGGUGAAGACGGCGAAACAACAACAACAGACGACAUUAUCAUAAGGGAAGGCCAAGCAGGAAGUAGUAGCUCGCUGCUAUCCGUUGUUGAUGGUGGUGAAAGUGAGGAGGAAUCGUUGACCAGAACUUCUUUGGAAAAUGACUCGAGACCUCCGGAUUUUAUUCUGAGUGCCAGUGAUGAUCAGCUGGGUCAACACGAGGAAGUGGUGCUUGAUAGCAAUGCUCAAAUUUUGAUUGCUGCUGCAAAUGAAAGCUUAAGGCGGCUGAAAACGAAAGUUGAAUCGCUCUUCUUCAAAACGUCAAACAACUACUACUGCGCGCUGUGCAGUUCCGCCGGAGGUCCGACGUCGGCCCACAACGUCAAAACGAUCGUCAUCCACCUGAAGACCGAUCACAAUGAGAAGAUUCUGAUCUGCGAGCACUGUGAUAAGGUUUUCCGAAAACGCACCGAGUACAACGAACAUCUGGAUCAGCACGUGGCAUCGGAGAUAAGCGGCGACUUCCGGUGUGACGUUUGUAGUAGUAAAUUUGGGAACAUAAGGGCGCUCCGGAUGCACCGGAAAACCCAUGUGGCCGUCCAGAAGGUGUGGUGCUGUGAGGUUUGCCAGAAGAAGUACAGCUCCAAGAAUCUGCUUGACGAACACAUGAACAUGCAUUCGGGGAAAAGACCGUUCAAGUGUGCCGAAUGUCCGAAGGAUUUCGCCUCGAAGUACACCCUAUCGGCUCACAUGAAAAUUCACCAGGAUCGGGAACGAAUGUACACCUGUAAGGUUUGCGACAAGGGCUUCUUCAGCCAGAACAAUUUGAUUCAGCACGAGAAGAUUCACACCGGGGUGCGGGAUUUCGUUUGUCCGGAGUGUGGAAAAUCGUUCAUGUCCCAGCACAAUCUGGACAUUCACAAAAUUGUGCACCUCAACUACAAGCCGUUCAUCUGUCGGACGUGUGGCAAGGGCUUUGCCCGGAAGGCCGAAAUCAAGGAUCACGAGCGAACUCACACAGGCGAGCGUCCCUUUGUAUGUGAAAUUUGCGACGCCAGCUUCUCCCAAAGAUCGAAUCUCCAGUCACACAAGCGGGCAACGCACUUCAACGAUAAGCGCUACAAGUGUGAUCUGUGCAAUCGUUGCUUCAAACGACGUCGGCUGCUAGACUAUCACAUUAAGGCAUGCCACACAGGAGAGCGCCCGUAUCGAUGUGACAUUUGUUCGGCCACUUUCGUUUAUCCGGAGCAUUUCAAAAAGCAUCAGAAAAUUCACACCGGAACUAAACCCUUCGCUUGUGAGGUUUGUGGCAAGUCCUUUAACAGUCGGGACAACAGGAACGCCCAUCGAUUUGUGCAUAGCGAUAAGAAACCCUACGAAUGUGUCACGUGUGGAGCCGGAUUUAUGCGUAAACCACAGCUCUAUUGGCAUAUGCAACAGAGGAGUCAUUUGAACGAUAAGAUAGUCGUAAAUCAGCCUCGCAUUACCAGCGAAGAUAUGCUGGAGUUCGAUACGACCACCGAUUCGAUCGGCGAUCCUCUCGAGUAUGAUGGAAAAGAUUUUCUGGAUGAGAACGUCGUGGACGUCGUUGAGUUUAUGCGGGAUGAGUAUUACAGCGCCGGGGAAGAGAUCGAAGUCGAAGAAGAGGACAUCAUCGGCGUCGGAGAAUCAAAUACCGUCGAUAACGACGGCACUACGACGACGACAACCUUAAUAGCCAUGCCAGUAGUAAGCUCCGAUGAUGGCGUUACAACCCAUCACCAGCUCCAGCACGGCACCGCCGUUGAGCUUUCGGAAUCCACGGCGCUGCUUGCGGCUUCCGACGGUUCCGAUGGCACCACCGCCUUCAUCGAUGAAGCGGACAUCAUCGAGCACCACCGGACCCAGGACGGGAUGCAGCUGGUGAAGCUCAAGAUCACCAACUCGGGCCUCAAGGAUAGCAUUACCUGGGUCAAUUUUGUUUCUCAGUGAGAAACUUUACUGGGGACAGCUGGGGAGAAAUUAGUAUUUAGUGUAAACUUCCAAAGAAGUAAAACUUAGGCGUUU